GCACAUCCAACGGCAAGAAACCGAACCGAGCCGGUGGGUGAGGACCCCGCACGGCCCAGACCCGGGCACCGGUGACGCCGCAGUUCGCCCCCGUGCUGCCUCCGGACAUGGUGCAGGGUGAAGAGCACAGAUAAAGAACCUCCCACCAUUCCACAGCCUGUUCCACCUGCCCGGAGGACUUCAUGCAGCAGGACGCAGGCUGAUGCCCUCAGCACCCCCUGCCAUGGAUGGGGGGAAGAACUACCCACUGCACGAGCACCAGCAGCUGGGGCACAGGCUCCCCAGCACCCCCGGCCUCCCCCCGCAGCUUGCCAUGGAGACCUCCAUGCUGGCCACCGAGUCGUUGAGCAGCUGCUCCCCUGGCUCUUUCCCAGCCUCAUCCUUCCCCAGUGAAAACCAGCAAUAUUUUAAUUCCCAUCACGAUUUUUAUAUGAAUUCCAUCAGCAGACCCCAAUUCUUGGAUACAAACUAUGCACCUGUGGACCCCACGGACUUCUUACCAAAAAAUGGUGACUUUCCUCAGGAUUCUUCAUACCUCAAUGAGCUCUCCAACAACAACUCCCUCUUCUCGUCCCCUGCGGAUUCCCUCUCCGACAUUGCGGAUCCGAAGGACUUCUUGUCUGCCGAUAGUCUGAACCAUGUGCCAACACUAUGGGAUGUAAACACGCCGCAGCAGAACCCUAUAGAGCUGUUCCCACCCAUCGGAUCCUUCGGUGGCUUGAGCACUUCGACUGACCAUGGUCCUGCUGGUCCCAACACCCCACUCCUCAGAAGCUACCAGUCUCAGGCUCCUGCAGAGGAGGAGGAUGAAGGUGAGGAGGAAGAAACAGAAGAGCUGGGGCAAACAGAGACCUAUGCAGAAUAUGUUCCUUCCAAGUCCAAGAUUGGGAAGCACCACCCUGACCUGGUGGUAGAGACGAGCACUCUGUCCAGUGUCCCCCCUCCUGACAUCACCUACAGCCUCUCCCUGCCACGCUCUGUUGCUGACAAAGGGUCGCUCUCUGCACUACAGCUGGAAGCCAUCAUUUAUGCCUGCCAGCAACAUGAAGUUUUAUUACCCAACGGGCAGCGAGCUGGGUUCCUCAUCGGGGACGGGGCUGGAGUUGGGAAGGGCCGGACAGUUGCAGGCAUCAUCUUUGAGAAUUACCUUAAAGGGAGGAAGAAAGCUCUGUGGUUCAGCGUCUCCAAUGAUCUCAAGUAUGAUGCCGAGAGAGACCUGAAGGACAUUGAAGCCUCCCACAUUCCUGUGCAUGCUUUGAAUAAGAUUAAAUAUGGUGACACAGCUACCUCAGAAGGAGUCCUCUUUGCCACUUACUCUGCGCUGAUCGGCGAAAGCCAGGCGGGCGGGCAGCACAGGACACGCUUAAAGCAGAUCUUGGACUGGUGCAGGGAAAACUUUGAUGGAGUUAUUGUGUUUGAUGAAUGCCACAAAGCCAAAAAUGCCAGCUCAACUAAAAUGGGCAAAGCCGUGCUGGACCUUCAGAACAAGCUGCCUCAAGCCAGGGUUGUUUAUGCCAGUGCCACAGGUGCCUCUGAGCCAAAAAACAUGAUUUACAUGAGCCGCCUGGGGAUCUGGGGGAAGGGCACCCCUUUCAGAGCGUUCGAUGAGUUCCUGCAUGCAAUUGAAAAGAGGGGAGUUGGUGCAAUGGAGAUCGUGGCCAUGGAUAUGAAGGUCAGUGGAAUGUACAUUGCCAGGCAGCUCAGUUUCACUGGAGUGACCUUCAGGAUCGAGGAGAUCCCACUGGAUCAGCAGUACAAGAUUGUCUACGACAAGGCAGCAAAGUUGUGGGCAGAGGCCUUGAUGGUGUUCCAGCACGCAGCCGACUGGAUCGGCCUGGAGUCUCGGAAGUCCCUGUGGGGUCAGUUCUGGUCAGCUCACCAGCGCUUCUUCAAGUACCUCUGCAUUGCUGCUAAAGUCCGGCGGCUCGUGGAGCUGGCCAAGGAGGAGCUAGCCAAGGACAAGUGUAUUGUCAUUGGGCUGCAGUCCACCGGGGAGGCUCGUACCAGAGAGGUCCUGGAUGAGAACGAUGGGCAUCUGAAUUGUUUUGUCUCUGCUGCAGAAGGCGUCUUUCUAUCACUAAUUCAGAAGCACUUUCCUUCAACCAAAAGAAAGAGAGAAAAAGGAACUGGCAUUAAAAGAAAACGGAAGCAGAGGGGCCGCUGUGCCAAGGCUCUGAAGGGCGUUUGUGACCUCCCGGCUGUCAUCAAGAUCAGCGACGACAGCAGCACCGACUCCGACAUGGGGCUCGACAGCGACUUCAACUCCUCCCCAGAGUCCAUGUUCGAGACGGACGAUGUCAUCUUCGUGGAGCACAGGAUCAACGGCUUCGCUGGUGAUGACAGAAGUAAUUUCCCCAUCCUGCCUUCCCAGAGGGAGACACACAGCCUGAGGGAACCGGAGUAUGUGGAAAAGAUGAAGCAGGACCUCCUAGCAAAAGUAAAAGCACUGGGCAAAGAGCUACCUCUCAAUACCUUGGAUGAACUGAUCAAUCACUUUGGGGGCCCAGAGCAUGUGGCUGAGAUGACGGGGCGGAAGGGCCGUGUGGUUUGCAGACCGGACGGCUCCGUCGUGUUCGAGUCCCGUGCGGAGCAAGGCCUCUCCAUAGACCACGUCAACCUGAAGGAGAAGGAGCGGUUUAUGAAAGGAGAGAAGCUUGUAGCAAUAAUCUCCGAGGCCUCCAGCUCAGGGAUCUCUCUCCAAGCAGACAGACGGGUGAAGAACCAGAAGCGCCGCGUCCAUAUGACACUGGAGCUGCCCUGGAGCGCGGACCGGGCCAUACAGCAGUUUGGUCGAACGCACCGAUCAAACCAGGUUUCUGCUCCAGAGUAUGUCUUCCUUAUCUCUGAGCUGGCAGGGGAGAGGAGGUUUGCAUCCAUCGUGGCCAAGCGGCUGGAGAGCCUCGGUGCCUUAACUCACGGGGACCGACGGGCCACCGAGUCCCGGGACCUCAGCAAGUACAACUUCGAGAACAAGUAUGGGGCUAAAGCACUGGACAGGGUCCUGUCCACCAUCCUCAGCCACACGGAGAACAGGGUUCCUGUGCCCAAGAGCUACGACCGAGGGGAGGCUGCCUUCUUCCACGAAAUGAAGCAAGGUCUCAUCUCUGUGGGGAUCUGCUGCAGUCAGAUGAAGUACGGCACGGUCACGGUGGAGAAGGACUGCUCCAUCACCAAGUUCCUGAACCGCAUCCUGGGGCUGGAGGUGGACAAGCAGAACAUGCUCUUCCAGUAUUUUUCGGACACCUUUGACUAUCUGAUUGAAAAGGACAAGAAGGAGGGCAAAUACGACAUGGGCAUCCUAGAUUUAGCCCCAGGAGUGGACGAGAUCUACGAGGAGAGCAAGGAGGUGUUCCUGACCCCUGGGCACCCGCAGGACGGGCAGGUUGUGUUUUACAAGAUCAGUGUCGACAGAGGCUUAAAGUGGGAGGAAGCUUAUGAGAAGUCACUCAAACUGACAGGAUCCUCGGAGGGGUUCUACCUCUCCUACAAGAUGCGAGGCUGCAAACACACCUGCCUGCUGGCAGAGCAGAGCCGCGGGAAGAGCUUCAUCCUCUACAAGCCAAACAUUGGGAAGCAAAGCCAGCCGGAGAGCCUGGACAGCCUGCAGAAGAAGUACCGGCGGGUGCUGCCCGAGGAGGCCAAGGAGCACUGGGAGAGCAGUUACCACUUCUCCUUGAAGAAGUGCAACCACGCUGCCUGGAACGGGAGCUGCAAGCUGAUCCAGGAGGGGAAGGAAUGCUUCCAGGGCAUGCGCCUGCGCCACUACUACAUGCUGUGCGGGGCCCUGCUGCGGGUCUGGAGCAGGAUCGCCAGCAUCAUGGCAGACAUCACCAACAGCAGCUACCUGCAGAUUGUGCGCCUCAAGACCAAGGAGAAGAAGAAACAAGUCGGGAUAAAGAUCCCCGAGAGCUGUGUCCGCAAGGUGCGGGAGGAGCUGAAGCAGAUGGAUGAGAACGUGAAGCGGAAGCACAACCGGCUCCUCCAGGCCCAGGAGCAGAGCCCCCACUUCUCCCUCCCACCACACAUCCUGGCACAGACCCUGGACCUUACCCAGACAGGGACUGGCAUCUGCCUACCCAGGCACUCCCUGCGCCAGGAUGAGAUUCUGGACUUGACCUACAGCCCUCCCAGCAACAUCAUUCCCGACAUGGUGAUGACCCCAGAGCCUGGUGCCUUGGGCUACCCCUCAGAGCCCAUUCUCCAGCCACACCAGCAGCACCGGUUACCCUUUGGCUUCAGUCACCCUCCUGCCUUUGAGAGCCCGGCCCCCAUCCUGGAGGGGAGCUUGCCUCUGAGCUCCCCCCUGCACGAACACCUUCCUCUGCCUCCCCCAGGGCCCCUGCACACACUGCAGCAGCAGCAGCAGGAAGAUUUCAUCCCACAGGAUGGGAAUAUCAAUUUCAGAGAGAUCCUGGAGGACAUGCUAAGGACGUUCAAUGGGGCCCCCCAGGAGAACAUACUCCCCCAGGAGCGCCAGAGCGUGAUCCAGUUCAGCGGGCCUUUCCCAGACUUCUGAAAGGCAGUGGGAAUGCCGGGCCAUGCUCGGCCGCUGUGGAUCCGUAUCCUUUGGUGCAGAGGUGAGAGCUGGGGAGCCCCGGCUUUGCUGCUGGGUUGGACUUGACCCUUUUCUGGUUUUGAGGGCAGAAAAAGAACUCUCUAUAGUUCCUUAAAGCAAAGUUUAUUUAUGUGUAACUCGUGGUGGGGCACGGCCAGGUCUGGGUGUAGGGGCUGGGGUGGACUGAUGGUCCCUGUGUGUUCGAGCCCUGCUCAAAGGUCAGUGCUGAGGAGCGGCGUCCCCUCCUCUGCCCCCCUGCAGACUACUGAGUGUCCGAGCUGGGUCCUGCCUUCCCCAGCCCUCCAGCCCCCAGCUCCAUGGCUGCUGCCCCUCAGAUCUGCUCCUCUGGGCCUGGGCCAUCGCUGAAGGGCCCUGAGCCUCCACUGACCAAACUGUAUCUGUCUUGGCUGCUGCCAGCUUCCCUCUUGAGGCUGCUCUGGAGGGCUGGGUCUGAAGGCAGGGCUGCCGCAGGGAAUGCUGUCCCCAAGGAGUCGGGAGCUGCUGAGCUCGAGCAUCGCCAGCGGUCAGAGUAGCUGAGAGCAGCAACACUGACCCUGCUGCUCUGUCCUUCGGCUGCCCGAGCUCCAGGGCACGGGGCAGGAGCUGCUGCACCCUCGUCAGGUCUCAGCCUCCCCGGGGACAUUCCCUGGAGCAGGAGGGCUCCAUGGGCCUGUCCUGCAUUGAGCCCUGCUCUGUCACCUUCGUGCUGCCGCCUGUUGUCCUUUCACCCCCCACCUCUGCAGGGCUUGGCUGUGGAUCCCAGGGGUCUGGAUCCGGCCCUGAGGGAAGAGCUCCCUGCUGAGCACCAGGAAUGUGCAGAGUCACUGCUGCUGCUGCAGAUGGAACCUCCAGUACCAAAGAGCAAAGCUCUGCUUUGCAAAGCACUGCCCCAGGCAGGAGCACCGCGGGCUGCAGCAUCCCUGGUCCAGCAGCAUCCCUGCUGCAGAGCAUCCCUGCUGCAGAGCAUCCCACCUCAGCGCGUCCCAGGGAAACUGCCUUCUGUUUUCUCCCUUGCACCUAAGGAGCCUGGCAGGAAGCUGCCUGCAGGCAGGAAGCCUUCCCUCUGCUGUUGCUGUGCUCUGCCUUGAGCCAUCACGGUGUUCCUAGACGUGGCACCGGGAUGUUUUCAAGGGAAGAAAGUGAGACCUUCCCUGGCUGGGCCAUUCCUCAGGGGAAGAGUCCCCUCCUCCGGGCAGAGCACCGCGACCCCUCUGGCAAGGAUCAAGGCCUGCCCCAGCGCCCUGUUUGCUGUUGGGAAGUGCUUUGGGGCAGUGCCUGCAGCAUCCAUGGGGCACUGCAUUCCCUGGCACGUUACAAGCACGGAUGUGGGCUCAUCCCGGAGGUGGCUCUGGGGUCUUGUCCUUGUGUGCCCCCCUUCCCCAGCCAGCAUCUGCCUCCCUGCAGCCGCCGGGGCCGUGGUUCCCUUCAUGGGAUCUCCUUUACCUCACAUUGACACCAAAGAGCCCUGGCUGCUGCCUGGGAGCUCCGGCUCUUCCCGCAGCUUUCCCUGGUCCCUCCCCAUUCCCACCUCUAUUUAAACUGUCCCGCACAGGCCCCGGCUCAUCCACUUGCUGAACAAUGAGCAAGGAGACAAAAGGGCUCCGGGAAAACCCAGUUCAGAGAGGCUGGAACUCAGGAAUAACGAGGAGGAAUCCUCCCCCCGGGCCCCUCCGCCACCCGGAGGCUCCGACAUCGAUUUCCAAGAUAUGCAAUUCCCUCUCCCAGAGAGCACCUUGGAGGAAGCCCUUCCCUGCCCCAAUCCUGUGUUUUUGUCAGGAUUAAGAUGUACCAAUAGCUUUUAACUAAGUUAUUAUGCAGUCGUCCUACUGAUGGGCUCUGUUUUGCAAUGAGGCCCGUUUCUUCUGCCCCUCCACCUUUUUGUUAGCACUUUUUAACCCGCUUGUCGUUUGCCUUUGGUUUUCUAUGUGUAUUUAUAAUGGAGAUGUAUAUAUGUAAAAAGAUUUUUUUUUGAAUAUGUGCCUUUGACUAAUAAUUCCUGGAUUUUCUACUUGCCUCCGAAGUUUUUCAUUCUGCUCAGUAAAAAUGGAAAGGAAGCCACA